UUAGGCUUAUAAGAGGAGCAUUCCUCAUUUUAGUGUUGGCAUCCCUCAAAAUACAAGUAAAUUAAUUAGUUGAGGUAGUAGAGAGAGGGACAGAAGUGUUGAAUAGAAAUAUGGGAGACCAAAAUCCAACAGGGUCGAAGUUGAGUCCAGUUCUCAUCAAGAUCAAGCCUUACUUGGCUAUGGUCUCCCUUCAAUUUGGAUAUGCCGGCAUGUAUAUCAUUAGUAUGGUCUCGUUUAAACAUGGCAUGAGCAACUUUGUCCUCUCAGUCUACCGUCAUGUUGUUGCCUUUUGUGUUAUUGCCCCCUUCGCCUUUGUUCUUGAAAGGAAAAUAAGGCCAAGAAUGACUCUCCCGAUAUUCCUCAGAAUAGUUCUGCUUGGUUUUCUUGAGCCAGUUCUUGAUCAAAACUUAUACUUUCUGGGAAUGAAGUACACCUCAGCAACAUUUGCAUCUGCUGUUGUCAACGUCCUUCCUGCCAUCACCUUCAUAAUGGCAGUUUGUUUCAGGUUAGAGAGUGUGAACGUUAAGAAGCUACAUAGCCUGGCAAAGGUGGUGGGAACUGUUAUCACUGUGGGAGGAGCCAUGGUGAUGACACUGUACAAAGGCCCCAUUGUGGAUAUCAUACGAGGCCACACACACAGCCACAGCACUAGCACCGACAACUCCACCAACCAGCAUUGGGUGGCUGGCCCCUUGAUGCUCUUAGCCAGUUGCGGUGGUUGGGCCAGUUUCUUCAUCGUUCAAUCAUUUACUUUAAAGAAGUACCCAGCACAGCUUUCUCUCACAGCUUGGAUAUGCAUUAUGGGAGUGUUGGAAGGUGGGGUAUUAACAUUAGCGGUGGAACGCAAAAUGAGUGUUUGGGUUAUAGGCUGGGAUUCGAGGCUCCUUGCUUCAGUUUACUCUGGAAUUGUUUGUUCUGGACUCGCAUAUUAUGCGCAAGGUGUUGUGAGUAGGGAACGAGGCCCGGUUUUUGUAACAGCUUUCAGUCCUCUCUGCAUGAUCAUCACCGCCGCCCUAGGAGCCAUCGUUUUAGCUGAACAAGUCCACCUUGGAAGUAUAAUUGGAGCCAUUUUCAUAGUCUUCGGUCUCUACACUGUGGUAUGGGGCAAAAGCAAGGACCCUCUAGCCUCAAGCGUACCAUUGAAAGAUGAGAAAAGCAAUAACCUUGAGUUGCCAGUGACGGCUGAUCACAACAGCAUCAAUGGACGCACCUGAUCACAAGAUUUCAUUUUCAAGAUCCCUAAACCAUAUUAAGGAACAAUUAAUCAUGAAGAUUGGUCGAUGUUCUGAUUCGAGAAUUGUAAAAGGUUCACAAAAGAUUAUGUCCCAAAUUAAUCUUUCUAGGAACCUUCCUUAAUUAUGUCAGGUUGCAUUUAACUACAUGCAGUGUAUUAAAUUUUGACUUAUUGAUCACAUGCACCUUGAGAGUGAAUGAAGUGAUCAGUGUAAUAAUUUUAAUAAUUCUAGCUAAUUAUGUUUGUUUA